GCUUCUCAUUUGUUCACAGAGAUGCUGCAGUUUGUCAGCAAUCAAGUGGGAGAGUUUCCUGACUUGUUCUCGGAGCAGCUGUGUGGCUCCUUCCCCAGCGGCGGAAGUGGCGGCGGCAGCGGCGGCGGCAGCAGUAGCAGUAAUGGCGGGGGCAGCGGUGGUGGAGCCGGGGAGCCCUCGAUGCAGCGCUCCUUCAGCCAGGCCCCAUUACCGUCCUUCUCUCCCUCAGCCACCUCCCCCCAGGCUGCCGCCCUGCAGGUCAAGGUUUCCCCCACCUCGGUUCCUAACCCGCCAAGGGCAACUCCUGUUCUUCAGCCCCGCCCCCAGCCCCAGCCUCAAGCUCAGCUGCAGCAGCAGACGGUAAUGAUCACCCCAACAUUCAGCACUGCUCCCCAGACGAGGAUCAUCCAGCAGCCUCUGAUAUACCAGAAUGCGGCUACCAGCUUCCAAGUCCUUCAGCCUCAAGUCCAAAGCCUAGUGACAUCCUCCCAGGUGCAGCCGGUCACCAUCCAGCAGCAGGUGCAGACAGUGCAGGCCCAGCGGGUGCUGACGCAGACGGCCAAUGGCACGCUGCAGACCCUCGCCCCAGCCACGGUGCAGACAGUGGCUGCGCCCCAGGUGCAGCAGGUCCCGGUCCUGGUACAGCCUCAGAUCAUCAAGACAGAUUCCCUUGUUCUGACCACACUGAAAACAGAUGGCAGCCCUGUCAUGGCCACAGUCCAGAACCCAGCCCUCACCGCCCUCACCACCCCCAUUCAGACAGCCGCCCUGCAAGUACCAACCCUGGUGGGCAGCAGUGGGACCAUUCUGACCACAAUGCCUGUGAUGAUGGGGCAAGAGAAAGUGCCCAUUAAGCAGGUACCCGGGGGAGUCAAGCAGCUUGAACCCCCCAAAGAAGGAGAAAGACGGACGACACACAACAUCAUUGAGAAGCGGUAUCGCUCCUCCAUCAAUGACAAAAUCAUCGAGUUGAAGGACUUGGUCAUGGGGACAGAUGCCAAGAUGCACAAGUCUGGCGUUUUGAGGAAGGCCAUCGACUACAUCAAAUACUUGCAGCAGGUCAAUCACAAACUGCGCCAGGAGAACAUGGUGCUGAAGCUGGCGAGUCAGAAGAACAGUCGGGUUUUCUUUGCAGAGCUCCUGAAGGGCAUCGACCUAGGCAGCCUCGUGGACAGUGAUGUGGACCUGAAGAUGGAUGACUUCAAUCAGAAUGUGCUUCUGAUGUCCCCUCCGGCCUCUGACUCGGGGUCCCCGGCCGGCUUCUCCCCCUACUCCAUCGACUCUGAGCCCGGAAGCCCUCUGUUAGAUGAGGCAAAGGUCAAAGAUGAGCCGGACUCUCCUCCCAUGGCGCUGGGCAUGGUGGACCGCUCUCGAAUCCUGCUGUGUUUCCUCACCUUCCUGUGCCUGUCCUUUAACCCCCUGACCACCCUGCUGCGGUGGGGAGGGGCCCACGACCCUGACCUGCACCCAUCCUCGGGCUCUGGCCGCAGCGUGCUGUCACUGGAGUCAGGUUCUGGGGGCUGGUUUGACUGGAUGAUGCCAACGCUCCUCUUGUGGCUGGUCAAUGGAGUGAUUGUCCUGAGCGUCUUUGUGAAGCUGCUGGUCCAUGGGGAGCCAGUGAUCCGGCCACAUUCGCGCUCCUCCGUCACCUUCUGGAGGCACCGGAAGCAGGCAGACCUGGACCUGGCCAGGGGGGAUUUUGCGGCGGCUGCUGCCAACCUACAAACCUGCCUGUCGGUGUUGGGCCGGGCGCUGCCCACCUCCCGCCUAGACCUGGCCUGCAGCCUCUCCUGGAACGUGAUCCGCUACAGCCUGCAGAAGCUGCGCCUGGUGCGCUGGCUGCUCAAGAAGGUCUUCCAGUGCCGGCGCGCCACCCCGGCCACCGCAGCGGGCCUGGUGGACGAGGCCAAGGCCAGUGCCCGGGACGCCGCCCUGGCCUACCACAGGCUACACCAGCUGCACAUCACAGGGAAGCUCCCUGCGGGAUCUGCCUGUUCAGACGUCCACAUGGCUUUGUGUGCUGUGAACCUGGCGGAAUGUGCAGAGGAGAAAAUCCCGCCCAGCACGCUGGUGGAGAUCCACCUGACUGCGGCCAUGGGGCUCAAGACCCGGUGUGGAGGCAAGCUGGGCUUCCUGGCGAGCUACUUCCUCAGUCGAGCCCAGAGUCUGUGUGGCCCCGAGCGCAAUGCUGUCCCCGACUCGCUGCGCUGGCUCUGCCACCCCCUUGGCCAGAAGUUUUUCAUGGAGCGGAGCUGGUCAGUAAAGUCAGCUGCCAAGGAGAGUCUGUACUGUGCCCAGAGGAACCCAGCCGACCCCGUGGCCCAGGUCCACCAGGCCUUCUGCAGGAACCUGCUGGAGCGAGCGGUGGAGUCCUUGGUGAAGCCUCAGGCCAAGACGAAGGCCGGAGACCAGGAGGAAGAGAGCUGUGAGUUCUCCAGUGCCCUCGAGUACCUGAAAUUGCUUAAUUCCUUUGUGGACUCUGUGGGGAUCGUGACUCCGCCCUUCUCCUGCAGCUCCGUGCUCAAGUCCGCCCUUGGUCCAGACGUCGUCUGUCGUUGGUGGACUUCUGCCAUCACUAUGGCCAUCAGCUGGCUCCAGGGAGACGACACGGCUGUACGUGCUCAUUUUACCGAAGUAGAGCGUGUCCCCAAGGCCCUGGAAGUGACCGAGAGCCCCCUGGUGAAGGCCGUCCUCCACACCUGCAGAGCCAUGCACGCCUCGCUCCCUGGGAAGGCAGACGUGCAGCAGAGUGCCCUCUGCCACUGCGAGAGGGCCAGCGGUCACCUGUGGAGCAGCCUCAAUGUCAGUGGGGCCACCUGCGACCCCACCCUCAAUCACGUGGUCCAGCUGCUGAUCUCUGACCUGCUCCUGUCGCUGCGGACAGCACUCUGGCAGAAGCAGGCAGGAGCCAGCCAGGCCCUGGGCGAGACCUACCACGCGUCUGGUGCUGAGCUGGCUGGCUUCCAGCGGGACCUGGGCAGCCUGCGCAGGCUGGCACACAGUUUCUGCCCAGCCUACCGCAAGGUGUUCCUGCAUGAGGCCACCGUGCGUCUGAUGGCAGGAGCCAGCCCCACCCGCACUCACCAGCUGCUGGAGCACAGCCUGCGGCGGCGCACUGCACAGAGCAUGAAGCACGGAGAGGUGGACGCCUGGCCCGGCCAGCGAGAGCGGGCCACUGCCAUCCUGCUGGCCUGCCGCCACCUUCCCCUCUCCUUCCUCUCCUCCCCGGGCCAGCGGGCAGUGCUGCUGGCUGAGGCCGCCCGCACCCUGGAGAAGGUGGGUGACCGGCGCUCCUCCAACGACUGCCAGCAGAUGAUCGUCAAGCUGGGGGGUGGCACCGCCAUCGCCGCCUCCUGACCACUGGGCCCUGCCCACCUUGGCCCACUGCCUCUCUGUCUCUCAGCCUCCCUGUCUCUCCUCUAUCUCUGUCUCUCCCUCCUCUUUCUCUCUCUCCUCUAUCUCUCAAUCUCUCC